AUGCAUGAGACAUUAGGUCGCGGGUAUGCCCGCAUAGACGCAAUCAGGGCUGCGAGGGGAGAACCUUUAGCGACGAUGCCAGAACCGAGUGGUCCCCCACCAGACCGAUACAACUCCGUGUACUUCACCUUAUUUGUAGCUGGAACUGCUUUCUUGUUGCCCUUUAACAGUUUCAUAAUGGCUGUUGAUUACUUCCAACACCACUACCCAAAUUCCACCAUAAUGUUUGAUAUGUCGACAGUGUAUAUAGCAUCAGCGUGCGUCGCCGUUGUGAUCAAUAAUCUUCUGUUAGACCUCUUCACCUACAAUACGAGGAUUACGUUUGGAAUAUUGUUAUCGCUCGCCACAAUGUUAUUUGUGGCCAUAUGCAACAUCGGCUGGGACGGAUUUUCGACAAAUGUGUCAUAUACUAUUAAUUUAGUUGCAAUUGGGGUCGUUGCCUUUGGGUGUACUGUUCAACAAGCCUCAUAUUACGGCUUCACUGGAUGUCUACCACCAAGAUACACGCAAGCUGUGAUGGCUGGAGAGAGCGCCGCAGGAUUCUGGGUAUCGUUGGACCGAAUUGUUACCAAGUAUGGCUUUAGACAACCGCGACGAAGCACCUUUAUGUUUUUCGUAUUCUCCAUACUUAUUUUGCUGGGACACUCGAUGCUGCAUCACGUGAUGAUGCGUCACCCGCUCGUGCAAUAUUAUCUUAGGUUGACCAAUGAAUCACGGCAUAAGAGACGCAUUCAACUGCAUUUGAAUCCUAACGAAGACACAAUAUUGAUGGAAAACGAAGCAGGAGAUGCUGCUUUUGGGGUAUUAAAAUUACAAAGCCCAGCAUUAUCGAACACUGGAACAGCUGAAGGUGAAAAUGCGUUCAGUUUUGCGAACCCUGUAUACUCUCCGACGGCAACUAUACCUGUGACAUCCGCUCCUCUGGCGUCACCUCCGCCCAGCGUAUCGGAGCCUUCUGCGUCGCCAUCCGCAGUACUGCGGACCCCUCGACCUUCUUACAAAGUGGAGGAUGUGGUCUUUGAGUCACCUGAAAGACCAACGUCGUGGAGGAGCUUUAAACGUGGCGUCUUAGCUAGAUGGGCAGUUGCGCGCGCUAUUUAUCCUUACAUGGUCUCAAUUGGAUUGGUUUAUUUCACAACGCUGAGUCUCUACCCUGGCAUAGCUUCUGAAGUACCAUCAUGCCGUCUCGGUUCUUGGAUGCCUAUUAUCCUCAUGUCUGCAUUCAAUUUCUUCGAUUUUAUAGGAAAGAUAGCUGCUGCCUGGCCAUAUGAAUGGAGUCGUAGCCAGUUGUUGAUGGCGAGUGGAUUGCGCCUUCUCUUAGUGCCAUUGUUACUACUUUGCGCUGCUCCGAGACAUUCGCCACACAUUGUGGGAGAUAUGUAUCCUAUAAUGUUCUCAGUCGUUCUUGGAUUCACUAACGGACUUUUUGGAUCUGUACCCAUGAUUAUGGCACCUUCGCGUGUUGGACGUGAUCAUCGAGAAAUAGCUGGAAAUAUGAUGACAUUAUCAUACAACGGCGGCCUCUUAUCCGGCUCCUUGGUUUCAUAUCUGCUUCUGAGUAUGCUCGGACCGCCCGCAGGAGCUCCAUGUCGAAUAUAUCCUACCCCUCUUUUGCCGACCGUUCCACCAGUUACUACUACCGCUGCUAACGUAACGUAUGUGUUGUCUGCCUUACACUAA